AUGGGUAUCGCUCGCGAUAGGAUCCAUAAGCGUAGCAAAACCGGUGGACGCCGGGAGCGUAACCGCAAAAAGAGGAAGUUUGAGUUGGGCAGGCCUGCUGCAAUGACCAAACUUGGGCCUCGUCGCAUCCAUACUGUUCGCGUUCGUGGUGGCAACAUUAAGUUGCGCGCGAUGCGUUUGGAUCAGGGCAACUUUAGCUGGCCCUCCCAGGCUAUUUCGCGGAAGUCAAGAAUUAUUGAUGUUGUUUACAAUGCUUCCAACAACGAACUAGUUCGUACAAAGACUCUUGUAAAGAACGCGAUCGUACAAAUUGACUCUGCUCCCUUCCGCCAAUGGUACGAGGCGCACUACCUAAAGGAACUUGGCCGUCAUCAUGUCAAGGGUAAGCACGCCCAAACUACAGAAAACCCUGAGGAUGACGUUCUCCUCAAGAAACGUAGCGCCUCUGUUCUGAAGAAGUACGAAGCUCGUCAGAAGUUGCCUGCUGCAUCUCUUUCUGACAACCUCAAGGAACAAUUUAUGUCUGGCCGUCUCCUUGGUAAGAUCUUGCGACCCUCUAAUCACUACCUUUUAGCGUGCGUCUCCUCCCGCCCUGGUCAAGUUGGACGAUGCGAUGGGUACAUUCUCGAGGGCAAGGAACUCGAUUUCUAUUCAAGGAAGCUGAAGGCUAAGAAGGCGAAAUAA